AUGGACACUCGUUUGUUCUCCGCCGUAUCUGCCUCACCACGUUCGCUUUCAUCUCGAUCGCUCUCGGAGUCUUCUGAUGUUGGCACCCCGGAAACCGCGCGAUCUCUUCUCUUCGACGACGGACCAUCCUUUGAGCAUACCGGUUCCAACGGCCCCCAUGUCCUGGUUGUCGGCGGUCUUGGGUAUAUUGGCUCGCACGUGUGUCUUGAGCUGCUCAAAGAGGGCUACAAUGUGGUUGUGAUAGACGACCUCUCGAAUUCGUAUCGGACAGUCCUCGAUCGGAUAGAGAGAUUGGCGGCUGAAUACUGCAAGACGGUAAACAAGCCGUUACCUGCUCUUCACUUUCAUGAAAUCGAUUACCGAAGUCCUGCCAUGCGAUCAGUGCUCCGCCAGUACGAAACCCCUACCUUUACUCUCGAACAAUCCUCCCGGCAAUCGAAAAUCACAGGCGUCAUUCACUUCGCUGCCUUCAAAUCGGUGGAGGAGUCAAUCAAGAAACCGCUGGCCUACUACAAAAAUAAUGUGGCGGGUCUGAUAGACUUCCUGGAGAUACUUUCUGAGUUCAACAUCUACAACUUCGUCUUCAGCUCUUCCGCUACCGUGUAUGGUCGGCUUGCUUCGCAAGGGACCCCAUUACACGAGGAAUCCAUGACGGCAGUGGAUGGGGUUCACGGACUGACUUCGCCGUACGGCCGCUCGAAGUACUUUUGCGAGGCCAUCUUGGACGAUGUUGCGAGAUCCGAUCCCAAAUGGGCUAUCACUGCUCUGCGGUACUUCAAUCCCGUUGGCUGCCACGAAAGUGGAUUGCUAGGCGAAGACCCGCGACAGAAGCCGACCAACCUCUUUCCCUGCAUAACGUCCGUACUCACUGGAAAGCGGCCAGUUCUCGAAAUAUUUGGAACAGACUGGAACACAGCCGAUGGAACCGCUGUUCGAGAUUUCAUACACGUUGUGGACUUGGCCAGAGGUCACAUCGCCGCUCUUGCUGCGGCAGCGGAAGGAAGAGUUGGAGCUUCUUUCCGUACGUACAAUCUUGGAACCGGAACCGGACACACUGUUCUCGAAGUCCUGCACAGUAUAGAAAAAGCGUCCGCUCGCAGCAUUCCUGCGCGAGAAGUCGGCAGAAGAGCUGGGGAUGUAGGAUUCUGCGUUGCUGCGGUGGACAGAGCCGAGACGGAGCUGGGCUGGCGGACACAGAAGUCACUGCAGGAUUGUGCCACUGACGUGUGGAACUACCACGUGGUGAACAACGAAGCUCUGCAAUGCUGA